GUCUCCGUCUCAUCUCCCACCUCUAGGCGCGUUUUCAUCCUGUAUUCAAACUAGUACUUUGUGUCAAACUCUUUCAUCAUCGAUUUUUUCGCCCCUUUACUCGUGGACAUGGGUCGGACUGUCGACCAGGAAGUUCACGCGGCGUUUGUCGAGUUCCGCGCCAAGGAAGACGAUAAGUGUCUCUCCGUCCAGUGCAUCUACUGUCAGCAGAUCCGCGCGAAGAACACCUCGCGCCAGAAGCAGCAUCUGCUCGAGUGCCCUGGCCUUCGCGGUGCCCAAGCUCAACCUCAAACCCAGCCGCAGGCAACUGCGAAUGGCAUCACCGCUCCAAAUGGAUACCCCCCAAAUCCUAACCCUGCAGGUGCGACGGCACCCGGCGCUGCCCCGGGUCACGGCGCCCUCUCGACACCGGGAGCUGGCAUGAUACCUAAUGGUGUUGGCUCCCAUACAACUCCUAUGCAGACGCCCCUGCAGAACCUCGCUGGACGUCCCUCGUUGCCAGCUACCGGUCCUGUCGCGGGCCCUUCGACGGGCGCUCCGCAGCCACAGCCUCCUCGCACGACGCCGAAAGCGAAACCAAAGACCUCAACUUCAAGCCUCCCUGCCCCUCCUCUAGAUGAUGUGCACGCUGCAUUUGUCGAGUUCCGCGCGAAAGAGGAAGACAAGUGUCUCUCCGUGCAGUGUAUUUAUUGCCAACAGGUUCGCGCAAAGAAUACCAGCCGACAGCGCCAACAUCUGCUAGAAUGCCCGACCUACUUGAGUGUCAUGAAAGAUUCGAUCCCUGCGAACAACUUGCUCCACACAUUCCCCGAAGGCGAAGUCGCUCGGUCUUUGCAGCUUCCUGUACCGACACUUGAGUUGGAUUUCCGUCUCAGCCUCAAGGUAAACCCCAAGGUCGGAGUCGGCCCUAGUAUCUGGGGUUUGCGCGAUUGGGUCACGUUUGUUGGUGGCCAGUGGGCGGGACGAUGGGGUAAGGGAGUAGUCGUGCCGGGUGGACAAGACUCCCAGGUGACUGUUAGGGAUUCUACAAGCCUUCGAGCGAACUUCCUUCUGCAAACUGCCGAUGAUCCUCCUGCAUUCAUUGUCGUCAAGACCAAUGGGUGGUUGACAGGCGCGAAAGAUGUGCUGGAUAAGCUCAAUGACCCUCAACUUGCGGAUGGGAUUAAUGCCAACUCAUAUAAAUACCGCGUUAACCUCUCCAUGGAAACUGGAGAUGACCGUUAUACCUUCCUUAACAACUUGAUGUGGGUUGCCAGUGGCUGCCGCAGAGGCCAAGAAAUUAUUCUUGAUGCAUUCCGCGUCAACUAACUACUGCUGCCACCGCCACGAUUGUAUCUGUUUCCGACCUCUCUGAUUUUCUUUCCGUUUCGAGCGAGCACUGGAUUGAUUGUUUAUGGGGCAAAACCAAGUCUUCGGCCUGUUUUAUAUCUUGACUAACCUACAGUCAUCUGUUAUUUGCUUUAGUGAUCAUGGUAUAAUUUUGUUUGAGUACUAUGACCGUAUUUGAGCUCUCUCUUUCUAUCUGGUUUUCUGUUUCUCUCGUUGAUAUAGGCACAGUUUCUUUAGUGUUUUCUAACACGUGGAAAUGGAGUAUGGUCUAGUCGGU